AAAGAAAGAUUUCGAUGUCUUUCACAUCCCUACUAUUAAACAAGGAAGUAUGUGGUUUUGUACUCCACGUUCUUUUUAAAUCAAAUUGUGCAAGAGUUGGUUCAGCGCUGAUCAAUAUACAAUAAAAUUGAUUAACUCGACCAGAAAUUUUGAAUAUGGCUGCUACGGCGAAAGAUAUUGAAAAGCCACAAGCUGAUUCGGCUCCUGUACAUAGGAUCAGAAUUACACUUACGUCGCGUAAUGUAAGAUCAUUAGAAAAUGUUUGCCGGGAUUUAAUUCAAGGAGCAAAAAAUCAAAAGUUGCGUGUUAAGGGUCCCGUACGUAUGCCAACAAAAGUGCUCCGUAUUACAACUAGGAAAACACCUUGCGGAGAAGGUUCUAAAACAUGGGAUAGAUUCCAGAUGAGAAUCCACAAAAGAAUAAUUGACCUUCACUCGCCAUCUGAAGUAGUAAGGAAAAUAACUUCUAUUAAUAUUGAACCUGGUGUAGAAGUUGAGGUAACAAUCGCCAAUUAAACUUAAUGAAAUACAUAAGUACAUGCAAUAGGUACAUUUAUAUAUUGUGGUAAAAUAUGCAUUUGUUAUUUCAAUAAAUGAAACUUAAACCAACAAGCAGAAAUUUUCAAGAAA